CUGAUUUCAUUCAAAACACCGUCAUAGACUGUUGCUAGUUUCAUUCACUCAAUUGCACCAAUUCACAAUUCACACGCGUGGCAUUUUCAUUCAAUCAGAACAUAAUCUCAUUUUAAAUCAACUAUCACUUAUUGCGCUAUUCAAUUCACCAUGGCUACUGACGAGGAACAACCCAAAGUCACCCUUCACUGGCUCAACCAAUCUCGAUCUCAAAGCUUGCUAUGGCUGCUUGAAGAGCUCAAGAUCAAGUUUGACGUCAAGCUGUACCACCGCAACAAGGAAACCUCUCUCGCGCCCCCAGAGUUGGAGCAAGUGCAUCCCCUAGGCAAAUCUCCCGUUGUCGUCAUCACGCCUCCUGGCGAGGGCACCGAGCCAAUUGUCCUUGCAGAAAGCGGCCACUUGGCGCAGUAUCUUUGCGAGCAUUUCCCAGAGGGCCGCCGCCUCGUACCGCAGAAAUGGAAAGAGGGCAUGGAGGGCAAGAUUGGUGGUGAGACCGAGGCUUGGUUGCGCAACCAGUACUUUUUGCAUUACAGCGAGGGCAGCUUCAUGCCAUAUCUGGUGAUGAGCCUAGUGAUUGGAAAGCUCAAGCAACCACCGAUCCCAUUCUUCCUCCGCCCAGUCACCACUGCCGUCGCCAACCGCAUCUUCGCAAGCUACAUCUUCCCCAACAUCUACAGGCACAUCAAGUUCCUCGAUCAACAGCUCCGCACCUCCGGCGGUCGCUACAUCUGCUGCGACCAUCUCACAGCGGCAGACAUCAUCCUCAGCUUCCCGCUCUUCGCCGCCCAGGGAAGCUUUGACUCCAUGGGUGAAUGGGAAGGUGGCUCAUGGAAGACGGAAUUUCCGCGUGUGCUGGAGUACAUAGAGCAGCUGGGUAGCGAGGCUGGGUAUAAGAAAAGUACCGAAACUAUCGCGAAUAUUGAGGCUGAGGCGGGUGAGACGGCCCAAUGGCGUAGCAAGGUUUGAGGCCAUGCUCAUCAUGGAUCUUUGCAUGUGCUUUGGCGCCAUGGGAGCGACGCAAGUUACACAAUAUGUAGCGUAAGCCACAGUAUUUUGAAGCUCGACCCACAGGCGGUUGAAGGCCUCCAAUUGUUCAAAAAGGUCUGAGAACAUCUCCAUGAAGAUAGGGUGGAACUGUUGCGGUAGAUUGAGAGCGAGGAACACCGCGAAAAGUGUAGUGAGAAUACUCUGCAGCGUAAUACGAAGGUUGUUGGCGCUUGCCAAUUGCGCAAAAAGGUCUGAGAACAUGAUGACUAGGUGUGUAAUGUGCAAUUUUGUGGUUGCGUGAUUGUGUUUGUUGUGGUGGUGGGUAAUACUCUUCAACGAUCAAGAGAUUUAG